AUGCGCGAGGGCCAUUCCAGCUUUCAGGAGGUAUCAGAGUGGAUGAGUGACCAGAAAGUUUGCGAUCUAGUUCCUGAAGAUUUCGCAGCUCGGCUUCAUCUGAUCGAAAACGUUCUAGGUUUGGAAGCAGCAGAGAAGUUCUUCCAAAGCAUUCCCGAGAACAAGAGAGAUGACUUUGUUUACACCACUAUCUUAAGCUCGUACACAAGGUCUGAUAAAACUCGGGAUAAAGCUGAGUUCAUCUUCUGGAAGAUGAGAGAGCUAGGCUACCUCUCUAAGCCCUCUGCGUUUAACCACAUGGUGUCUCUUUACAUUCAGCUAGAUAAGCGAGAUAUGAUCGACAAGAUUCUGAACCAAAUGGAGGAGAACAAUGUCAAGCCAAACAAUCUUACGUUUAACCUUAAACUGCGGCGUUACGCAGCUGUUACAAACAUCGAAACAAUGGAGAGGCUAUUAAAAGAGCACGAUCCUACAGCAUUGGAUUGGCGCACGAGCUGCGAGAUUGCAAAAGCUUAUCUGAAACAUGGAUUAGUGGUAAAGGCCAUAGGGAUGCUGAGUAGAGCCGAACAAUCAGUAGAACCCAUAUCAAAGAAGUUAGCUUACGAGUCGUUAAUGAUGUUGUACGGUGAUGCAGAAAAGGCUGACGAAGUUUACCGCAUAUGGGAACUAUACAAGGACGACGUUUGCCACAAUGAUCUUCGCCACAUGAACAGCGAAGGAUAUCGAUCAGUAAUUAGUUCCUUAUUGAAAUUAAAUGACAUCAAUGGGGCAGAUAAGAUUGUAAAAGAGUGGCAUGAAGGAGACAACGAGUUUGAUGUGCGAAUUUUGUCUAUGAUGGCGUCUGCAUAUUGCAAGAGAGGCCAGCUAAGGGACGCCGAGAAACUAACACAUAAUGUUAUGAUGCGGAAGGACAGGCCCAUUCAAAUAUCCCUGUUGAUGCGCGUAAUUCUCUGCCAUGGGACCAACGAAUGGUUGGAAUUGGAUGAACACCUAUUUUUUAGUUUGGGCAAUACUUUUGUGGUUCUGAACUUGUAG